GACUCCCAGUGCCCGCGGCGGACUGGGGCUGGGGGCAGGCAGCCCGCGCGGACCGGCCGGGCGCCAGGGCGGCCCCGGGAUCGCGAUGAGUGCGCCGCGGCGCGCGUGAGGGGGAUGCGGCAGGAGGCGGCGCGUCGGGAGGAGGAGUAGGCGGUGGUGCCCUCGGGAGGGAGCUGCGCGCGGGCCAGACGGCUCCCGAGGCUCCGCAGUGCCGACGCCGUCGCCCGGGAGGCUCCGCGCGGGAGCCAUGUAACCCUGCGGCGGGCUCCGGGCUGCUCCGUCCUUCCCCAGCUCCCGGGCUAGCGCGGCAGCGGGGCCACGAUGAAGAAGCAGUUCAAUCGCAUGCGCCAGCUGGCCAACCAGACGGUGGGCAGGGCUGAAAAGACUGAAGUUCUGAGUGAAGACCUUCUUCAGGUGGAGAAGCGUCUGGAGCUGGUGAAGCAGGUGUCCCACAGCACGCACAAGAAGCUGACCGCGUGUCUGCAGGGGCAGCAAGGGGCAGAAGCCGACAAGCGCUCUAAAAAGUUGCCUCUGACAACACUGGCUCAGUGUCUGAUGGAGGGGUCGGCUAUCCUGGGAGAUGACACACUUCUUGGGAAGAUGCUGAAACUCUGUGGAGAGACAGAGGACAAGCUGGCCCAGGAGCUGAUACAUUUUGAAUUGCAAGUAGAGAGGGAUGUGAUUGAGCCCCUGUUUCUGCUGGCGGAGGUGGAAAUCCCCAACAUUCAAAAGCAGAGGAAACACUUAGCCAAGUUGGUGCUGGACAUGGACUCUUCCCGAACCAGGUGGCAGCAGACUUCCAAGUCUUCAGGUUUGUCCAGCAGCUUACAGCCUGCGGGUGCCAAAGCUGAUGCCCUCAGGGAAGAAAUGGAGGAGGCUGCCAACAGAGUGGAGAUUUGCAGGGACCAGCUGUCGGCUGACAUGUACAGUUUUGUGGCCAAAGAAAUUGACUAUGCAAACUACUUUCAAACGCUGAUCGAAGUGCAAGCUGAGUACCACAGGAAGUCACUGACCCUCCUGCAGGCUGUGCUGCCUCAGAUCAAAGCACAACAGGAGGCCUGGGUGGAGAAACCCUCCUUCGGGAAGCCCCUGGAGGAACACCUCACCAUCAGUGGCCGGGAGAUCGCCUUCCCCAUCGAGGCGUGUGUGACGAUGCUGCUUGAGUGUGGGAUGCAGGAGGAGGGACUCUUCCGAGUAGCCCCCUCUGCCUCCAAGCUGAAGAAGCUGAAAGCCGCCCUGGACUGCUGCGUGGUGGACGUGCAGGAGUAUUCAGCAGACCCCCAUGCGAUUGCAGGAGCUUUGAAAUCUUACCUCCGAGAGUUGCCAGAACCUCUUAUGACCUUUGAACUCUAUGACGAGUGGAUCCAGGCCUCCAAUAUCCAGGAGCAAGACAAGAAGCUUCAGGCUCUCUGGAACGCUUGUGAAAAAUUGCCAAAGGCCAAUCACAACAACAUCCGAUACUUGAUCAAAUUUUUAUCCAAGCUGUCAGAAUAUCAAGAUGUAAACAAGAUGACCCCCAGUAACAUGGCAAUUGUUUUAGGACCCAACCUCCUGUGGCCACAGGCAGAAGGGAACAUCACGGAGAUGAUGACCACAGUGUCCCUGCAGAUCGUCGGGAUCGUGGAGCCCAUCAUCCAGCACGCAGACUGGUUCUUUCCCGGGGAGAUAGAGUUCAACAUUACAGGCAAUUAUGGGAGCCCAGUACACGUGAACCAUAAUGCCAACUACAGCUCAAUGCCCUCCCCAGACAUGGACCCUGCUGACCGGCGCCAGCCCGAGCAGGCCCGUCGGCCCCUCAGCGUCGCCACAGAUAACAUGAUGCUGGAGUUUUACAAAAAGGAUGGCCUUAGGAAAAUCCAAAGCAUGGGUGUGAGGGUCAUGGACACCUCUUGGGUGGCUCGAAGAGGCUCCUCGGCCGGUCGGAAAGCGACAUGCGCUCCGCCCUCCAUGCAGCCGCCCGCCCCGCCCGCAGAGCUCGCCGCACCGCCGCUGUCGCUGCAGUCACUGCCGUCGCCGCUGCCGGAGCAGCCCCUGGACAGCCCCGCGCCACCGCCCGCGCUCUCUCCUUCCGGUGGGGGCCUGCAGCCUGGGCCCGAGCGCGCCAGCACAUCUAAAAGCAAGGAACUUUCUCCAGGCUCUGGGCAGAAAGGAAGUCCUAGCUCCAGCCAGGGGACAGUCUGUGCAGGGACACAGCCAGGGGCACAGCCGGGUGCCAGCCCCAGCCAGCCACCUGCAGACCAGAGUCCACACACGCUUCGGAAAGUAUCAAAGAAGCUGGCACCAAUUCCACCCAAGGCCCCCUUUGGCCAGCCGGGGGCCGUGGCUGACCAGUGCACGGGCCAGCCGUCCCCAGUCAGCCUGUCUCCCACUCCCCCAAGCACCCCAUCACCCUACGGACUGAGCUACCCCCAGGGGUACUCCUUGGCCUCAGGCCAGCUCUCCCCAGCUGCAGCCCCUCCCCUGGCCUCUCCUUCUGUCUUUACAAGCACUUUGACCAAAUCACGGCCCACUCCCAAGCCCCGACAGAGACCCACCCUGCCGCCUCCUCAGCCUCCCACGGUCAGCCUGUCAGCCUCUAGUCCCCAGUCUGUGGAGCCCCCCACGCUGGAUGGCAUGUCCCCCGGGGAGAGCAUGUCUACAGCUGUGUGACAUGAGUGACGCAGUUUUGGAUACGUGUGAGGGGGAUUUGCAGGAUCUUGUCCACUUCGACAUCCCUUCAAUCCACAUAGAGCUGGGGUCGACACUUCGCCUGAGUCCCCGGGAGCGUGCGCCACGACACUCGGUGACUGACAAGAGGGAUGAGGAGGAAGAAUCUGAGAGCACUGCCCUCUGACGCACACCCGCCCAUCCAGCACCCUGUACAUACACACGUGGGCCCGAAGUGCCAGGAGCAGUGUCCCAAUCUUGCCAAGUGUUCUCCGUUGGCUCUUUCUGUCACUGCCAACGCGGGGUUGAAGUUUGGCAGAAAAUUGUGAUCUCCGGUCUGUGGCGAAGCUGGUGGUUCAGAUUUUGUCUUUUCCUUUCGGGUGGUGACUUCGGCCUUUUGUUUGCCUUUUGACUUUGUGCCUAUUUUGAUCCACUUUCAGCUCCCAUGCCAAGCAGCAUCUAUCUCCCUCUCCACCCAAAGGCUUCUCAGUGUCAUCCGGAGGGUGGGGUGGUACAGGAGGGACGAGUUGCCUGGUUAGACUCGCGGGUUGCUACUACGUUCCUCCUACAGCUAAUGUCAGGUCCUGCAGUUGUCUGCGUGUGGCUACAGGAAGGGAACAGGACAGCAGGGACCUCUCCCCAACAGCUGGACUAGGCCUGGGGUUCUGGCAGUCCUGGCGCAACUGACCUUGAUCAGCCCCCUUGAGAGAACAACUUACCACUAUAAAAACCUUCUAGGCACCCCCUCUUUCGGUGGGCUCCAAAGUAAAUGGCUUAAAAGUUUGUUUCACUUCUUAAACAGUUCUCUUUCCUCACCGUGUGGCUGAAAGCUGCCAUUACUCCCUGUCACUUUGAGUUUCCAGGGUAGGACAUGACCAUGCUGGUGGUAUCUUGAAGGCAGCCCCCAUGCCUCCCAAAACAUUGGCUGAGAGCAGUCCACCCCUCCGGGCACCUAGAGGCACCCCGCUCAAGAGUAUGUGAUGUCCUAGAGCUGUCUCUUUUGGAGGUUACAACUGAAUAGCAAUAAUUCUGUUACCCAAGCAUGUAGGGGAACAUGAGACCAGCCACGGAGACCCUGGCUCCCAUGUGUGGCCUGCUUUGUCACUGGCCUCUGCCACCCAUCCCCUCUCAUGAGUCCUACCUGCCCCCAGACAAGGGCCAGGACGGCACUGGGGAACCUCUCCACACUGAGGAAUAAGGAAGUGAGACAAGAUUUGGGCCAUGCAUGCAAAGUCAAAAGUUCAAAAUUUUAUCCUUUUAAAAUAGAUAUAAUAUACCUAUACAUGAUAUAAUAUUUGUAUAUAUGAAAUCUAUAUUUGUUUAAUUUGAGCCAUUCAAUCUAAACCAAUGUACAGGUGUACAAUGAAAAAUUUAAAUGCAUAGUUUUUCCCAACACAGUGUAAAGCCACCCUUCUCUGAGCAGGAUUUGCAGAGAUUUCUGAUGUUACGGCUUUGCUCACUUCCUGGCAAGGGCAGUUCAAUCCUCAAUUUGUAAUGGAGUGGGGCAGGGGGGUUGAAAGUUACCUUUAAAUACAUGUACAAAUUAUUGUCAAAAGUAAUGUUAUUAAAAUAGAUUUAUUAUCCCUGAG